AUGAGCCCACAACCGACGGCAGUUUCCAAGAGACCUCCAUUGUGGAAAGUUUGGCUUGUUGCAAGCCGGCCCCAUACAUUGACCGCGUCGCUGUCACCGGUGUUGGUUGGGUACAGUGUGGGAUUGGCAACCAUUAAAAAUGUCGAACGAGCUUCCUAUCUAUGGCUGAAUUGCAAGUGGGCCUUGUUUUGUAUGCUGAUACAAUUGGGUACAAAUUUGCACAAUGAUUAUGCUGAUUUUGUCAAGGGUGCGGAUACGGACAAGCGGGUUGGUCAAGCUCGAGCGACACAAAAGGGAUGGCUCACACCAUUCCAAACAGCUGCAGCAGCUAGUGGUGUUCUGGGAUUGGCACUCUUGUUGGGAUUGGGUUUCAUAUCCAGCGUGUCUGGAGAUCCAAAUCACCAUGUGAUAAUGAUUGGAAUUGUGGCGACUUCUAUAUUCAACGCAUUUGCCUACACUGGCGGACCAUGGCCUCUGGGAUACAUUGGAUUGUCGGAUCUUUCCAUUGCCUACCUUGGACUGGGAGACAUCUUUGUGUUUUUGUACUUUGGAUUGGUGGCCACAAUAACUCCAGUGUUUCUGUAUACCGCCAAUCAUGACGUGGAUCAAUUGAGCACUGUCAUGUUUCGUCUGUUGCCGUAUGCGAUCCAAGUGGCGUCACUAGCAACCAACAUUAUUGUUGUGAACAAUUUACGAGACCGACACACGGAUAUCAGCGCCAAUAAGAAUACGGUUGCAGUUCGUUUUGGUGCUUCCUUUUGUCGGACGGAAUACAGUAUCAUGGUUGCCAUUGCCUACCUGCUGGUGAUUUACGACUGGGGAAUUCAUUCCUAUUCUGCGGCUCGAUUAUUUCCACUGCUAUCCUUUCGAGUGGCAAGGAAAGAGCUAGUAGCAAUCUACAACAAAGAUGGUGCAGCAUUGAACCCGCACGUCGGGGGGACCGCCAAGGUUCAGUUUCUGUUUUCUGUCAUGCUAUCGUUGGCCAUGCGGAUAGCCAUGAAGCUGGGUAAAUGA